AUGGUUGAAAAGAACCAGCUCCUGGAAGCGGAUAAGGCCGGCCUUAGCCAAGACAAUGCUCGUUUUUCUUCGAGGCUUGGUGAACUCGAGGCCACUAUCUCUCAACUUCGAAGUGAGCUUAAUUCGGUCAAGGUCGAUGCUGUGAAGAUGGCAGAGAGGCAUCGGGUGCUUGAAUCCAAGAACGCUAAGGACAAAGAGAAGUUGAGGUUAGUUGAGCAGAAAGCCGAGGAUAGGGCCCGGAUUUGUGAUGAGCUCAAAAGUAAAUUCGAGGAGGCAGCCGAGGCCAAUGACAUUCUUAAGGCCGAGCUUGAGUCGGCUACUCAAUUUCAAGGAAUUCUCGACGGAAAGAGAUCAGAAUUAGCGGCUAAAUUGGCCAAAGCUGAGGCCGACUUAGAAGAGUCUCUUAAGGACAUGGAGGCUGCCGAGGCUCGUACCACGAUUGCGGUUGAAUAUGAACGGUGGAAGUCUCGGAGGGUUACCCUUGAACAAGCUCAACAAGGAUUAGGGGACCUCCCGGCUCUGAUACUCGAAGCCAGAACAAUCGAGAAGGAGGCUAAGAAAUACCUCGACCCUGAGUCUGAGGACUCCGAGCGAACAGUUUCCGAGAACUCCGGCUCCAGUCGUACCGGGUAG